CUGCGAAGGGCCAGGUAGGUGAUACGUUUACGGAAAACAAACUCGGAGGGCUGGACAUACUGAUUUUGAACCAUGCCAUACUCCCUAACGUUCAGCCGUGGCUGGGGACAGGGGACAACUUCACGAGACUGACCACCAGUAUGGACGUUAACUUCCGGUCAUAUGUUUAUCUGGCGUCCCAUGCACUACCUCUGUUAACCAAUAGUCGUGGUCACAUUUCUGUGGUCUCCUCUACUGCGGGAGUUACCGCCACUCCAUAUACAGCCGUGUACACCGCCACUAAGUACGCUCUCCAGGGGUUCUUUGGCGUCCUCAGGCAGGAACUGGCUCUCUAUAACUCUGGGGUGUCUGUCACCUUGUGUAUGGUAGGAGCUACACGGACGGAGAGAGCGGUGAAAUCAUUCGUAGGCAUGUUUGGCAGUGACUGGCACAACACCAUACAGCCAGUACAACCAGAACUUGUUGCCCUGGAGAUCACCAAGGCAACUGUUACUAGACAAUAUGAAGUAUACACUAGCACAGAUAUACCAUCCAAAAUAUUCAUAUCUUUAAGGUUACUGUUUCCAAAUUUUGCUGAUAAAAUGAUGCUAAAAAGCUUUUUAGUCUUGUAGAUAUCAUCCUAGUUUGGGUGCUUUAACUUUCUUCAGAAUGUAUCUGUUAGCUCGGAAUUAAACCAGUAGUAGUCAGUUCGAUCCACCAUGUUUAAACAAAAUGUGUAUAAUACCGUUUAGUUUAGGAAAGACACAUUAACAGUUUGUAUUUCAAGGAAAAUAUAUUUUAUUUGGAUAACUGCACGGGCCAUAUGUGUGUCAAAUACCCACAGUCCUGAGAAGACAGAAGUCUCAGUUAACUUCCUGGUACAAUACGAGUUAAAAGAAUAUCCUUUGACACGCUCUGGUAAUCAAUUCAGAACUGAGCACGGCGUGAUACCAGAAAAUUCGGAAACGUGCAUGUGUUAGCACGUGUGGUAAUUGCGAACCCAGCACAAAAAAAUAAAUAAAUAAAUAAAUACAUUUAAUAUAUGACAGCGUUUUCUGAGGGACAAACAUGUUUUGGUGAUUUUUAUAUAGGUUAAUCAUAUAUCAACCUUGAACCUGAAAUGUAUAACUUACAUGUAUGUCAUGGUAGGGUACAAUCAAGUACACACCUUUUAUUUGAAUGCAAAGUACUGCGGUGGUGCCUUAAGGGACAGAGCCGUCUUCCUUUUUUUUAAUUAAGGCAGAGCUAGACAUUUCGUUAGGAACAGUGUUAAGAGGCUAAUAAACGUACUAUAUAUGGUUGUGAAAUAUUACAUUUAUGUAAAUCCUUAAAAGGGAAUUAAAAAGUAUUCUGAAAGACGGGCAUCUUUUAGGAGUAAUAUGAUAUACUGUAGAAUAGUUAUGGCACUUAAUGACAUAAGAUCAUAAGAUUCCAUAAGUUUAGGAGACCUCCAUUAUGACCUUAAGCAAGGAUUGUAUUCAGCGUAGUUUUUCAAAACAAAUUAUUGUAGUCCGUAUAAAUUGUAGUUUAUGAAAGGCAUUUAAAUAAUACUGUAGAAUUGCUUUAUUUUCGUCUCUCAGAGAUCGUCUAGUACACGUCCUUCUAGGAGUGCAGGAUCAUUAUCAGUUUCCGCUGAAAGAAGAACAUCAUCAUGGUGCGUUAAUAUGGACUCCUAUUCCGCGGAUCUUAUCUACUUGAUUUUCAAUGUAUAUACAUGGCCUUUUUACGCUUUGCGAAACAAAUAACUCCUUCCAUCCCAGAAUAAAGAGCUUCAAGGUCAUGGGUUGAUACACGUAGCAAUCUUUUCCGUAUAAAACAGUCAGCACUACCCUCUUUCCGCAUUCAUAUGCAAAACGUGCGCAGUUUGUGCCAAUCCAGAAAUAAUCAUCAACAUGUGACUCAUUAUUUUCCU